CAGAACGUCGUCGUCAUCGGAGGCUCCUUUGCUGGCAUUGAGCUGGCGAAACGCCUCGCAGAGACUUUACCUACGGGAUACAAGGCUGUUUUGAUUGAGAAGAAUUCUCAUCUAAACUACUCCUUCAACUUCCCUCGGUUUUCCGUCAUGGAGGGGCACGAACACGAAGCUUUCAUCCCCUAUGAUGCCAUCUGCCGGGGAGGGCCUCCUGGAAUUUUGACACGCAUUCAGGAUAAAGUCGUGGAAAUCACCGAGGAGCAAAUCAUCCUGGCGUCGGGGAACAAAAUCGACUAUACGUACCUUGCCAUCGCGACGGGUUCCUCACAGCCACUCCCAGUGCAAGUCUCAGCAACCGAACUUCAGGAUGCUUGCCGUGAGAUGCAAAGCGUACAAGAAAAGAUCAAAGCCAGCCAGAGGAUCGCCAUCGUCGGUGGAGGGGCCGUGGGCGUUCAGAUUGCCAGUGACACCAAGAGCUUUUACCCACACAAAGACGUCACGUUGAUACACUCACGUGGCCAGCUCAUGAAAUAUUUUGGAAAGAGAUUACAGGACUAUACUUUAACUGCGCUUCGGGAUGAGCUCAAGAUUCGCGUUCUGUUGAAUGAGAGACCCAAGCUCCCGCCGCAGGGGAAUAUGGCUACGUCGGCGACUUUGACUUUCUCAGACGGACGAGAGGAGAAGUUUGAUCUUAUUAUUGGGUGCACCGGACAGCGGCCCAACUCAUCCAUUCUGCAAUCUCUUUAUCCCAGUGCCAUUUCCAAAGAAACGUCUCGGAUUCUAGUUGAACCAACUCUACAAGUAUCAGGAGAUGGAUCUCUCGCUACUGGAUCUCGCAUCUUUGCCUUCGGAGAUGUUGCUGACCAUGGAGGUCCACACAUGGCACGAGCAGGAUGGAUGCAAUCCAGAGUCGUACUGGACAACAUCCUUGCCAUGAUUCGAGGGGAGGAGCCGUCCCAGACGUACAAACCUCAGAUGUUUAUUGAGGGUGCAAUCAAGUUGACUUUGGGGAAAGCGAAGAAUGUCGUC